AACAGCUUCACUCUUUACUCAAACCAAAACUCAUCAUAACAAACAAAGUUAAAAACAUACACAAAUGGCGAACAAGCUCUUCCUCGUCUCGGCAACUCUCGCCUUUUUCUUCCUUCUCACCAAUGCCUCCGUCUACAGGACGGUUGUGGAAGUCGAUGAAGAUGCCACAAACCCAGCGGGCCCAUUUAGGAUUCCAAAAUGUAGGAAGGAGUUUCAGCAAGCACAACACCUGAAAGCUUGCCAACAAUGGCUCCACAAGCAGGCAAUGCAGUCCGGUAGUGGUCCUAGCUGGACCCUCGAUGGUGAGUUUGAUUUUGAAGAUGACAUGGAGAACCCCCAGGGCCCACAACAGAGGCCGCCACUACUCCAGCAGUGCUGCAACGAGCUCCACCAGGAAGAGCCACUUUGCGUUUGCCCAACCUUGAAAGGAGCAUCCAAAGCCGUUAAACAGCAGGUUCGACAACAGGGACAAAUGCAGGGACAGCAGAUGCAGCAUGUAAUUAGCCGAAUCUACCAGACCGCUACUCACUUACCUAAAGUUUGCAACAUCCCGCAAGUUAGCGUUUGUCCCUUCCAGAAGACCAUGCCUGGCCCCUCCUACUAGAUUCAAAACGAAACCCUCUGAGUGUAUAUACCACGAUGAUGGGUGUGGUUGUUGAUGUAUGUUAACACUACGCAGCCAUGGUAUGUGUUCCAUAAAUAAUGUACUUUAAAAUCGCGGCUAAUGUAAUAAGAACUACUCGUAGACCGUAAUAAAAGAGGUGUUUUUUAAUU